AGACGCUGAAAAUCCAAACCGAAACAACUACCGCUCACUUCUUCCCGCCAUUUCCUCUCAACCCAUCAAACUCACACAUCCAUUUCUUCCUUCUACCAAAAAUUCUCUCUCCGAUCCGUGCCUCUCCGUCGCCGGAGCAGGCACGCGCGCAUCCCCCGACGCCAUGGGCCAGUGCUGCACGGGUGGCGGGAAGGCCGUCGCCGGCGACGAGGCAGAGCCAGGGACCUCCAAGGCGGCGCCGCCGAGCCGCGGCACCUCCUCCAAAAAUGGGUCCGCCAAGCAGCAGCCGUGCUCGCCGGCGGCCAAGGCGGCGGCGACGGAAGCGGCGGCGGCGGCGUCGUCGUCCAAGAAGCCGGCAGGCCCCAUCGGCGAGGUGCUGGAGCGGCCGAUGGAGGAGGUUCGCACGACGUACUCCAUCGGCAAGGAGCUCGGGCGCGGGCAGUUCGGCGUGACCCACCUGUGCACCCACAAGGCCACCGGCGAGAAGCUGGCGUGCAAGACGAUCGCGAAGCGGAAGCUGGCGAACAAGGAGGACGUCGACGACGUCCGCCGCGAGGUGCAGAUCAUGCACCACCUCUCUGGCCAGCCCAACAUCGUCGACCUCCGCGGCGCCUACGAGGACAAGCACAACGUCCACCUCGUGAUGGAGCUCUGCGCCGGCGGCGAGCUCUUCGACCGCAUCAUCGCGCGUGGCCACUACACGGAGCGCGCCGCGGCGGCGCUCCUCCGCGCCAUCGUCGGGAUCGUGCACACCUGCCACUCCAUGGGGGUGAUCCACCGGGACCUCAAGCCGGAGAACUUCCUGCUGCUGAGCAAAGGGGACGACGCGCCGCUCAAGGCCACCGACUUCGGCCUCUCCGUCUUCUUCAAGGAAGGCGAGGUGUUCCGCGACAUCGUCGGCAGCGCCUACUACAUCGCGCCGGAGGUGCUCAAGAGGAAGUACGGCCCCGAGGCCGACAUCUGGAGCAUCGGCGUCAUGCUCUACAUCUUCCUCGCCGGCGUGCCGCCCUUCUGGGCCGAGUCGGAGAACGCCAUCUUCGCCGCCAUCCUUCGCGGACAGAUCGACCUCGCCAGUGAGCCAUGGCCGAAGAUCUCCUCUGGAGCCAAGGACCUCGUCAGGAAGAUGCUCAACAUCAACCCCAAGGAGAGGCUUACAGCAUUCCAAGUGCUCAAUCACCCGUGGAUCAAAGAAGAUGGGGAUGCUCCUGAUGUACCACUUGACAAUGUUGUUCUCAACAGGCUCAAGCAGUUCAGGGCCAUGAACCAGUUCAAGAAAGCUGCACUGAGGAUUAUAGCCGGAUGCCUGUCAGAGGAGGAGAUCAAGGGGCUGAAGGAGAUGUUCAAGAACAUCGACAAGGACAAUAGUGGGACCAUUACGCUUGAGGAGCUCAAAAAUGGGUUAGCAAAGCAGGGCACCAAGUUUUCAGACAACGAAAUUGAGCAACUUAUGGAAGCAGUGAGUCCUCAUAGUGAAGCUACAAACUUCAGUUCAGUUCGAGAUGAAAUGCUAAAACUGACAGGACUCCUGGAAAUUCCUUUCAACUUUCAGGCUGAUGCUGAUGGCAAUGGAAUUAUCGACUAUGAGGAGUUCGUCACCGCGACGGUGCACAUGAACAAAAUGGAUCGAGAAGAGCACCUUUACACGGCAUUCCAGUACUUUGACAAGGAUAAUAGUGGGUACAUCACAAAGGAAGAGCUCGAGCAAGCCUUGAAGGAACAAGGGUUAUACGACGCCAACGAGAUCAAGGAUGUCAUCACAGAUGCAGACUCUAAUAAUGAUGGGAGGAUAGAUUAUUCAGAGUUUGUGGCCAUGAUGAGGAAAGGAUCAGGCUGUGCAGAAGCAACAAACCCAAAGAAGAAGAGGCGAGAUCUAGUUCUAUAGCGAAACAGGGUAGUGUGUAUAGUGGCUGGUUUGUGCACAAUUUCAAACAUGAUGUGCAUUUACCACGAGUGUAAUGUAUACAAUGGAAUUUUCUUUCCAAUUGCAUAUUUACAUUUCAGGUUGGGCUCAGGUUCAUGUUUGGUCUUGCACAUUGUCCUGGCUAGUUGUUGGGAAGAUGGAUUUGUUCCUUCUUUCUGUUCA